AUGACCACCAUCUGGAAAUUGUUAGCAAGAAAAUGGUAUAAGCUUCCAUUGAUUAUUGCAAUGGUUAUUUUAGCUCUUAUAUCACUUGGCUGUGGUUUUGCAACUGCAUAUGAGUGCUUCACAGAUACUCAGCUGCCUCGAGUGCUCCAAAAUGCAGUGGUUGUAGCAAUGACUCAGCCAAUGGCAUCAUCAACUGCAGAUAUCUGUAUUAUGAUCACCCUUAUCUGGACAUUGCACAAGGAGAAAACGGAUUUUAAGCAAACAAAUGGUAUUAUUCAAAAGAUCACCAUUUAUGUGAUCAAUCGUGGAAUCUUGACUGCCAUGUUACAAAUUGCACAUGCCAUCUCUUAUGUUGCUGCUAACAAAGGAGAUUUGUAUUGGGCAAUAUUCCAUUAUCCUUCAAGUCAUGUUUAUGUGAACUCAGUUCUUGCCAUAUUGAAUGCCCGUGAUUAUAUCAGAAAUGGUGGACAGGUUAUUGAUGUGAAGCACUUCAGCUUGAAAUCUAUCUCCAAAGAGCAUUCUAUUAGGCGGCCACAUAGAAUGGAGGUUUUACUCUCAGUAGAGGAGAUUACUGAUGUUAUCAUGAACGACCUCGAUGAGGACCGUCGGCUAAAUGCUCGAAAUGCCAUUGUACUACUGCUCACGAUCUCCAUCUAG